UUACAUCUGCUGGCCGGUUAGUGCUUUAGCUGCAGAAUGCUGCGGAUAGAGAAGUAUGAAGGAAUUUGCAGCUCAAUAUCUGCCCAAUAAAGCGUGCACCACGCUGGCAAAUGCCAGAAAGCUGACGGGGAGAAACCUUGAGUGCAAAGAAACAAAGGGCUAUAGUUAGUGUUAGCACCUUUUGGGAAGACACCGUGGUUUCUGGAGAUUGGCUUCAUGACACCUACUGUGCAAAGGUCAAGGUAUGGCACUUCUGAGGAUGCUUUUGCCAUGGAGCCAUCAGGAUAACACCUGCCAACUCAACUGGGUACUAAACCCCCUGUGAUGACCAUGUGACAUGGCAAGAGGUGCUUCCGCAAUGGCCACGCAGAAGGAGCCCAGCACCCUGGAUGUGCCCGGCUACUGCUGCUCCCCACUGUGCAAAAUCGAUAAAUACCUUUACGCCAUGCGGCUCUCCGACGAAACUCUGAUAGACAUUAUGGCUCGCUUCCGGAGAGAAAUGAAGAACGGUCUCUCCAGAGAUUUUAACCCAACGGCUACGGUGAAAAUGCUCCCUACCUUCGUGAGGUCCAUUCCUGAUGGCUCAGAGAAAGGAGAUUUCAUCGCUCUGGAUCUCGGCGGUUCUUACUUUCGAAUUCUGCGGGUGAAAGUAUCACAUGAAAAAAAGCAGACUGUACAAAUGGAAAGUGAAAUUUAUAAUACACCUGAAGAUAUCAUUCAUGGCAGCGGGACACGGCUUUUUGAUCAUGUUGCUGAAUGCCUGGGAGAUUUUAUGGAGAAACAACAAAUCAAAGACAAGAAAUUACCGGUUGGGUUUACCUUUUCUUUCCCGUGCCGACAGUCUAAGCUGGAUGAGGGCAUUCUGAUAACGUGGACGAAGCGCUUCAAAGCGAGUGGAGUGGAGGGAGCGGAUGUUGUGAAGCUGCUUAACAAGGCCAUCAAGAAACGUGGGGACUACGAUGCAGAUAUCAUGGCUGUUGUGAAUGAUACCGUUGGGACUAUGAUGACCUGUGGUUUUGAUGACCAGCGUUGUGAAGUCGGCUUGAUCAUUGGCACUGGCACCAAUGCCUGUUACAUGGAGGAGAUGCGGCACAUUGACCUGGUGGAAGGAGAUGAGGGCAGGAUGUGCAUAAACACAGAGUGGGGGGCCUUUGGGGAUGAUGGCUCGCUAGAAGAUAUCAGGACCGAGUUUGACAGAGAGAUCGACCGUGGAUCUCUAAAUCCUGGGAAGCAACUGUUUGAGAAAAUGGUCAGUGGAAUGUACAUGGGGGAGCUGGUGAGGCUCAUCCUGGUGAAGAUGGCCAAGGAGGGGCUGCUCUUUGAGGGGAGGAUCACCCCUGAGCUUCUCACCAAAGGGAAGUUUGAGACAAAGCAUGUUUCUGCCAUAGAAAAGAGCAAAGAAGGUUUGAACAAAGCCAAAGAAAUCUUAACCCGCCUGGGGGUGGAGCCGUCCCACGAGGACUGUAUUGCAGUCCAGCACGUCUGCACCAUCGUGUCCUUCCGCUCGGCCAACCUGGUGGCCUCCACGCUGGGCGCCAUCCUCAAUCAGCUGCGGGAUAACAAAGGGGUCGGCCGCCUCCGCACCACCGUGGGGGUUGAUGGCUCCCUCUACAAGAUGCAUCCACAGUACGCUCGGCGCUUGCACAAAACCACCCGGCGCCUGGUGCCUGACUCAGACGUGCGGUUCCUGCUGUCCGAGAGCGGCAGCGGGAAAGGGGCGGCAAUGGUGACGGCGGUGGCAUACCGGCUGUCGGAGCAGCACCGGCUCAUCGACGAGACACUGGCUGAGUUCAAGCUCACCCAUGAGCAGCUGCUGCAGGUGAAGAAGAGGAUGAGGACAGAGAUGGAAGCAGGCCUGAAGAAGAAGAGUCAUGACACUGCCAAAGUGAAAAUGCUGCCCACCUUUGUCCGCAGCACGCCGGAUGGCACAGAGAACGGAGACUUUCUGGCGCUUGACCUUGGAGGGACAAACUUCAGAGUGUUGCUGGUGAAAAUUCGCAGUGGUAAAAGGAGAACGGUUGAAAUGCACAACAAGAUCUAUGCAAUUCCUAUAGAGGUGAUGCAGGGAACGGGGGAAGAGCUGUUUGACCACAUAGUUACCUGCAUUUCGGACUUCCUGGAUUAUAUGGGAAUAAAAGGUGCGCGGCUUCCUCUUGGCUUCACGUUCUCCUUCCCUUGCAAGCAGACCAGUCUGGAUGCUGGUAUCCUUCUCAACUGGACAAAAGGAUUCAAAGCUACAGACUGUGAGGGAGAAGAUGUGGUGUAUUUGCUUAGAGAAGGAAUUAAAAGAAGAGAGGAGUUUGACUUGGAUGUCGUAGCUGUGGUGAAUGAUACGGUGGGCACGAUGAUGACUUGUGCUUAUGAAGACCCAAACUGUGAAAUUGGACUCAUUGUGGGAACUGGCAGCAAUGCCUGUUACAUGGAGGAGAUGAGAAACAUAGAGAUGGUGGAUGGUGAGCAAGGACGGAUGUGUGUGAACAUGGAGUGGGGAGCGUUCGGGGAUAAUGGAUGCCUGGACGAUAUCAGGACAAUAUAUGACAAAGCAGUUGAUGACUAUUCACUAAAUGCUGGAAAGCAAAGGUACGAGAAGAUGAUCAGUGGGAUGUACCUGGGGGAAAUAGUCCGCAAUAUUUUGAUUGACUUCACCAAACGAGGGUUCCUGUUCAGAGGGCAGAUCUCAGAGACGCUGAAGACCAGGCAUAUCUUUGAAACCAAAUUCCUUUCACAGAUUGAGAGUGACAGGUUAGCCUUGCUUCAGGUGCGAACCAUUCUCCAGCAGCUGGGGCUCAACAGCACAUGCGAUGACAGUAUCAUUGUCAAGACAGUGUGCGGAGCGGUGUCGAAGCGAGCGGCUCAGUUGUGUGGUGCCGGAAUGGCUGCAGUUGUAGAUAAAAUUCGGGAGAACAGAGGCUUAGAGCACCUGGAGAUAACGGUUGGUGUGGAUGGGACUCUAUACAAACUACACCCACACUUUUCAAGGAUUAUGCACCAAACAGUCAAAGACCUGGCACCCAAGUGCGAUGUGACCUUCCUGCUCUCGGAGGACGGCAGCGGGAAAGGGGCAGCGCUCAUCACAGCGGUGGGAUGCAGGCUUCGCGAUGCUGAGCAGAACUGA